AUGGUUAACAAGAGCUACCUCGUCAGCUCCAGCAGUGCCAUCAAACCUCUUGACGACAAAACAAGAUUGAACAGUGACUCUCAGCUGUCUGAAGAGCUAGGACCGGAUGGUUUUACAGCGGUUGCAUUCUCCCAUGGACCUGACGGGAAAGUGGACGUGAUUGGCACGGCAAGCAUGAAAAAAUGGAAAGACGAUAGUCUCUGGAGACCAUAUGAUGCCACUUCUCAAACUACGAACCUGAAUCAAACAUGCGUUGGUGAUUUUGAGCUCGCCGUGGUGGCUCUUCUGCCGGGCGCAUAUCGUGGACAGGGGUUAGCGGGACGUCUUGUGAAGUUGUGUGAAGAGGAGAUUCUCCGCCGAGAGAGGACUAAGUCGCCUAUUCGAAUCAUGAUUCGAGUAUCUAUGGAAAACAAUGGACAAUAUUGGUUAAAGCAAGGAUUUGUUCCCAUUGGAAGCAAGGCAUGUCCUAAGGGCUUUUGGGGUUCAACGCAGGACUUUACUAUGUGGGCAAUGUAG